CCAGGCGGCUCUGAAUAGAGAAGCUGCAAGAAUGCUUCUGUUGAUGCACAUCAUCAUGUGACUAGAGUUUUAAUAGCAAGACUUGCACGAGUUGAGAGUUUAUCACGUUUGUGCUUUGAAGUCACCGGAAUCCAACAAGUUGCACGAGGCUCGCUAUGAUCUCCGGUUUUCCAGUGAAUAACGGGACGACGCUUAUUUACACAGAAACAGAAGGAGGCAAUCACUGACUGCUUUGGAACGUGAGAGUCGUCGUGCAGACAGCGGUAGACAGACGACACAAUGAACGCCGCCAUACUCUUCAUACUAGGUUGCCUGGUGUGGGAAGGCUUGGGGUUUCCAGAGCCGGAGAAGAACCCUGUAUUCUGGAAUGAAUGGGCCCAGCGCACGCUAAAAAAUGCCUUGACACUCCAAGAGCUCAACAAAAACGUUGCUAAGAAUAUCAUCUUAUUUCUUGGUGAUGGUAUGGGCAUUCCCACAGUGACAGCAGCACGGAUCCUGAAAGGUCAGCUGAGUGGCCAACCCGGUGAGGAAACUCAGCUGGAGAUGGACAAAUUUCCCUAUGUUGCCCUGUCUAAGACAUACAACACCAAUGCUCAGGUACCAGACAGCGCGGGCACAGCCACGGCUUACUUGUGCGGUGUCAAAGCCAAUGAGGGUACGGUUGGAGUGAGCGCAGCAGCUGUUAGAUCCCAGUGUAACACCACUCGGGGGAACGAGGUCACUUCUAUUCUUAGGUGGGCCAAAGAUGCAGGUAAAUCAGUGGGAAUCGUAACAACAACGCGUGUGAAUCACGCCACACCCAGUGCAGCCUAUGCCCACUGUGUAGAUCGUGACUGGUAUUCGGAUGGAGACAUGCCAUCUGAAGCAUUGCAAAGCGGAUGCAAAGAUAUCGCCAGACAACUCUUCGAAAACAUUCCUGAUAUUAAUGUGAUUAUGGGGGGUGGACGCAAAAGCAUGUACCCCAAAAACACACCAGACGUGGAGUACCCAUCAGAGAAGAAGCACAACGGUACCCGCAUAGACGGCAGGAAUCUGGUGGCGGAGUGGCUUGACAGGGUGAAGGACAAGAAAGGUUUUUAUGUUUGGAACAAGAGGGAUCUCCUUUCUCUGAACCCAAAUAACAUGGAUUAUCUGUUAGGCUUAUUUGAACCAGCAGAUCUGGCCUAUGAACUGGAGAGAAACAAAGAAAAUGAUCCUUCUCUCACCGAGAUGGUGGACGUGGCCAUCAAGAUCCUGAAAAAAAAUGAACGUGGAUUCUUCUUGCUUGUGGAAGGUGGACGCAUUGACCACGGACACCAUGAGGGAAAAGCGAAGCAGGCCUUGCACGAGGCCGUGGAGAUGGACCGGGCCAUUACGCGUGCUGGUCUCCUCACAAGCAUUUAUGACACAAUGACUGUAGUCACAGCCGAUCACUCCCAUGUCUUCAAUUUUGGCGGCUACACGCUACGAGGAAACUCAAUCUUCGGAUUAGCACCCAUGGUGAGCGAUGUUGACCAGAAACCCUUCACAUCCAUUCUGUAUGGAAAUGGUCCUGGGUUCAAAUUGGUUAAUGGCGUUAGAGAAAAUGUCUCAACUGUGGACUAUGAGCAAAACAACUAUCAGGCACAGUCGGCCGUUCCCUUGCGCAUGGAGACUCACGGAGGGGAAGAUGUGGCAAUCUUUUCCAAAGGCCCCAUGGCCCAUCUUCUUCAUGGAGUCCAGGAACAAAAUUACAUUCCCCAUGUAAUGGCCUAUGCAGCUUGCAUCGGUCAAAACAAAGAUCACUGUCGUAAAAAAUCUGGUUCGGCCCCCUCUCUUAAUCACGUCUCUCCUAUGCUGGCUGUUUUUCUUACAGUAACUUGGCUUUUUUGUUGACCUGUUUUGUCCUUUUAUCUAUCACUGUUCUGUGAUUAGAUUAGGAACUAUCUUAACUAAUUCCUUAAAAAGGAGUUGACCAUUUUUAUAAUAUGAUGUUUUUAAAGUUUUCUUAUCGAUAUAGGGACCAAUUCCGGGCAUUAUGAAGAGCAUAUAUGGUCAAUAUGAAGAAUGUUUAUGAAAUUUUUAUUGGAAAACAAAAGUAAAUUGUGGCUGAUUUUCAAACUUUCAUUUAUGAUAGUAUCUUAUCAUACAAGUUUAAAGUUUGCAUAGUUUGCAAAGUGUUUCAAUGGUUUGAAAAAUAGCCCUUUUCACACAUACAGCACUUACUGGAUAAUUUCUAGGUAAUUUCUAGUAACAAGAGAAGCCUUAACAUUACUAAAAAAAAUACAAUUUUGCUUCUUGUGCGAGUAAUAAAAAUGCCAGACACAUUGUAGACCACAUGUGUUCCCAAACAUGUUGUGUUUUUAAAUCGUAAGGCUUUUUGGCACAUCACAGAGGAUUACCGGCAUCUGGUGCCAAUAUGUAAAUGGUAACGAAUAGAAAAAGUAGUAAAGCUUUCGCAAGUGCAAAUAAUUGUACAGAAAUUUACCAGGUUGAAUGUAUGAAAAGGGCUAAAGAAAGUUGAGACAUAAUCAUGUCAAAGAUCUUUAUCGUACGUAUUUGGGUAGUAUGCACACUGCUAUGUCAAGACGACGUCUGACAAGAAACCAUACAGUACUGUACAUCAUCCUCAAGUACUUCAUAUAAAUGUGAGUUCAACAUACAGUACGUGUUCACGUCUGCCAAAUUGUUGGUUUGCAAUCUGCAUUACAUCCCUUAAAUUGUUUCCUGGUGGAAACAAGACAUGUGGCAGACGUUAACGCAAUGUUUAUGAUUAACAUCUUUGUUUAGAUGUUAAUCAAAUGUCUGAACUUAAUCAUUAAGAUGUGAUGCUUUCCAGAAAAUGCACUCCAAGUGGUGUAUCCAUACUAGCUGGAGAUUUGGUUGUUUAAAAAUUGAAAGUCUCAAUGCAGAAAUCACUGAAAACCCUGGUCAGUCGCGCAAUCUAAUUUUGAUAUUUAGAACGUCAAAGUAAAAAUAAAGUAAAAAUUGUGAUUAUUGCUGUAAAUGACAGAUUAAAAACUAAGCCUUCAAUAUAUCAAACCUUUAUUUAAAACAUUUAAAAUACUAAAAUUAAUGAUUUUAUUGACACUACGUUUUAUUAUUCUGCACAAAAAUACCCAAAUUUGGCUUGGUAAAACAGACUUUCGGUCACAUUUUACCUAAAUUUGAAAUCAAAUACAAUCUACCUCAAUGGUAUGUGAUGUUCACUUCAAGGACUGAAGUUGGGUCAAUCAAAUCACCAAUAGUCCCAUAUGAAGAUGCAAAUGCUAUUUUUAUAUCUACAUUCCAUUUCCCCAAGAAGAAGCUAUUUUAUUUUUUUUCCUUUUAAAUUCAUGUUUUUUGUGUUUCCCACAAAAAUAAUGUCUAUAAAUGUUUAAAUUGGCAAUGCUUGAUUUUACGGUAAAAUUUUACAGUAGGGUUAUGUUUGUUAACAGUUGCAUGAACAAACAAGGAGCAAUAUAGUUUAACAUUAUUUAUUUGUCUAUGUUAAUGUUUGUUAAUGCCAAUACAUAUUAGUUGUUCAUGUUAGUUCAUUUUGCAUUAACUAAUGGUAACAGUUACAACUUAAGCUGAAAUUAAAGGGCCCAUAUUAUGCAAAGUCCACUUUUACAAGGUGUUUGGACAUAAAUGUGUGUUGGUCGUGUGUGAACACAACAACCCUACAAUGAAAAAAAUCCACCCACUUUUUCUUCUUUAAUCCCAAGUAAACCAGAGCAGUCUCUUUAGACAUGCCGCUUUGAUUUUCUUGUUAAUGUGAUGUCACACAAACAAAGCCCCUCCCAUGGCCACUGACUGACUGCUUAAUUUUAUCCAAAAGCUUUUCUAAAUGUAUUUGUUAGCAUGUUGUAGCACCAAUGCGGCCAAAUAUACUAUUGUCCCAGACUGUAUUCACAGGAAUCAGAUUUAUUUUUACCGAAAGCAGUAGCUCAUUUGCAUUUAAAGGUACACACACAAAAACAGCACUUUUUUGCUUUCAUCCCAAACAGGGGAAUUUUGACUUGAUAUAACAAAGGAUCUGUGUAGUAUUUUGAGCUGAAACUUCACAGACACAUUCUAGGCAAAUUAGCAUAAUAUAUGUCAUUUAACAAAAUUAAUGUUGUAUUGGUCAUUGUUAGUUCAUGUAUUAACUAAUGUUAAUAAAUACAACCUUUUUGUGAA